GAAACCCUGUGGAUGCACACUGUUAUAAAAACUUGUGAUAUAUCAAAUUGUUGAAAUAUAUAGCCCCAUUUUCAUUACCAAAUAUUAUUCCCAUCCCUUCUCAUGAUCAUGCAGCAGCAAACCCCCCUUCUCCUGGCCUUCCUUCUCUUUGUCCUCGCUGUAUUGAGAUUACGGAAGAAAUCAAAAGGCCAUGACUCAAGUUGUAAACCACCUCCAGGACCACGGGGAUUACCCAUCAUCGGAAACAUCCAUCAGCUAGCUGCCUCUGUAACUGUACCCCAUCGUCUCUGUGCACACUGGGCGAAGAAAUACGGACCAAUCAUGCAACUUAAGAUUGGAGAAGUUAAUACUGUUAUUAUUUCUUCACCAGAAGUAGCAAAAGAUGUGUUCAACGAUAUCAAUUUUGCUGAAAGACCUGACCUCCUAGUUUCACAAAUCAUGCUUUAUAAUGGCCAGGGCCUUACGUUUGCACAAUAUGGAGACCAUUGGAGACAAAUGCGAAAAAUUUGCGUAUUGGAGCUAUUUAGCGCAAAACGUGUACGCUCAUUCAAAUCAGUAAGGGAAGAAGAGGUAUCGAACUUAAUCAGAUCCAUCCGUUCGAAAGCAGGUUCACCAAUCGACAUUAGGAAAAUGCUUUUGGAUUUGUCAAAUGUCAUCACUUCAAGAUCAAGCAUUGGUACGAAAUACAAAAACCAAGCUGCACUGUUACACGUUGUUGAACAAGUGACAAGGGCAGUAGCAGGUAUAAAUGUUGUAGAUAUAUUCCCUUCCUCUAGAUUGUUACGCAUGAUCAGUCAAUUUAGGUCUGGUCUCCAAAGGUUGCAAGAAGAAGCGGAUCAGAUGCUUCAAGACAUUAUAAAUGAACGUAGAGCCCAGAGGGUAGAGAAGAAGACAGGUGAAAUUGAAGAGGAGGAUAAUAUUCUGGAUGUGCUUCUGAAUCUCCAAGAUGAUAGAAGCUUUGAAAUUUCAACAGAUAGCAUCAAAUCAAUUAUCCUGGAGAUCUAUACUGGUGGGAGUGAAACAUCAACAACGGUUUUGGAAUGGAUAAUGUCAGAAUUGAUGAAAAACCCUAGUGUAAUGGAAAAGGCACAAAAGGAAGUGAGGCAGGUCUUCAACAAGUUUGAGAAUGUUGAUGAAACAAUUGUUGACAAUUUAAAUUUCAUGAAGCUGGUUAUCAAAGAAUCUUUGAGAUUACAUCCUCCCGGAACUUUCAUUCCCAGAGCAUGCAGUAAGACUUGUCAAGUUAAUGGAUAUACCAUAGAAGCUAAGACUAAAGUAAUGGUUAAUGCAUGGGCUAUUGGAAGGGAUCCUAAAUACUGGACUGAACCUGAGAAAUUCUAUCCUGAGAGAUUCUUACAUAGUUCCGUUGAUUAUAAAGGUGCCAACUUUGAACUAGUCCCAUUUGGUGCUGGAAGGAGAAUGUGCCCAGGAAUGCUGUUUGGUAUGGCCACCGUCGAGUUUACUCUUGCGCAGCUGUUAUACCAUUUUGAUUGGAAACUUGCAGAUGGAGCAACGCCGGAAGCUCUUGACAUGCAGGAGAUUUUCGCUUCCACAAUGAGAAGAAAACAUGAUCUUAUAGUAGUCCCCAUCCCGCGCCGUCCUUAAUUUCUCCGUGGAAUCAAUUGUCCAUGUGUUCUUCCAAUAGGAAUUAUGAAUAUCUUAUUGUCUUUAAAUAAAACGCACCUUUUCUUUAUGUAGCUUUUAAUUUAAAAGCGUAAUGUUCUUGUGACAGCAUAUAUUUUUUAAUACAUAUAUCUUAUAAGAA